AUGGCGUCCCUGGGCGGCGGCUCCCUGGGCCUCCUACUCUGGCUCCUGCUCCUCCAGCCUCGGCUUGGUGGGGCGCAGGGCGGGUCCACAUCGUCCCCACCCUCCUCGGCGCCCACCUCCCCAUCGUCCUCGGGGGGCGGCCGUGAGGGCACCAGUGCAACCGUGUGGGGGGCCGAGGGACAGUCUGCGACCCCGGAGCCCCAAGAGGCUGCCAUACUCUCCCAGCUGUUGGAACUGAUCCCAGGGUGUGGCCACGUCGUUGAGAACACCACGGGAGGAAAGGAGGCCGAAGAGGGGAAGUGGCCUUGGCAGGUGAGCCUGAGGAUGAACCAGAAACACGUGUGCGGAGGCUCCCUCCUCACAUCGCAGUGGGUGCUGACUGCAGGCCACUGUAUUUUAAGCCAUUUCCGCUACAGUGUCAAGAUGGGAGAUCGGAGCGCCUAUAAGGAAAUCACCAGUGUGGUGAUCCCGGUCAGGAACGUCAUCGUCCAUCCUCGACUCUCGGUAGUUGGAGCUGUUCAAAAUGACCUUGCCCUUCUCCAUCUCCUCUACCCUGUGAACUUCACUGUGACCGUCCAGCCUGUAUGUAUCCCUCAGAAGACUUUCCAGGUGGAAGCUGGGACCACGUGCUGGGUGACUGGAUGGGGCAAAAAAGAACAUGGUGGCGACCUCAUUACGGGUGUUCUCCAGGAGGUCGACCAAAACAUUAUCCUCCAUGAAAGGUGUAAUGAGAUGGUUCAGGAAGUCAUGGCAACAAAGAAGAACAGAGUCCUGGAAGGGAUGCUCUGUGGCUAUAACGGAGCUGGAAAGGAUUCUUGUCAGGGAGACUCUGGGGGUCCUCUGGUCUGUAAAUAUAAGGAAACAUGGGUCCAGGUGGGAGUCGUGAGCUGGGGCAUUGGCUGCGGUCGUGGAAAUAUGCCUGGAGUUUAUACAGAUCUUGCUGUCUAUGCGGAGUGGAUAGCUGGAGUGAUUAAUCAGGCCUCCUUUUUGUAUCCAGUGGUGUUCCUCAUCCCACUUCUGUGCCUGGUGCUGCCCCUGGGCAUCCUGGUGGCCCCGUGA